UGGGGCCUCCUGAGGCUCUUCUGGGCCCUUCGCGAGGCCUUCCUGGGCCAUCUUCGGACCACAUUGAGCACGCAAGAGCCCAGCCGAUGUGUUAAGGAUCACUCGACAACUCCCGUAGCCACGUUGAUUCAAGUUCCAUCUCGGGCAGGCUGUAUCCUUCUUCCAGCGUGCCGCCAUAAGAAAUGCAUUCUCCGACGUCCACCGCCGUGCGAGCCUGGGCGUUCCUGCUGCACCUCGGUAAUACCCUCGCGGCGCGUGACGCGGACCACCGCAGCUUCACCAUGCUGCAGAAGGACGGGGUAGUCCACUGGGCGGAGGCCGGUGCCAAGGUCCUCACGUCCUCCAGGAGUGGGGCGCCAGAAACAGCGGCUCAGUGGCGGGCGCGUUUCCCCGCGAGGACUGGCGAAUUCGUUGGCCCGGACAUGUUCACCCAGAAGAAGUGGGAAGAUGCAGUUCUUCACACAUUCGGAGAGGGUGCGCUAAAUCCAAGCCCGAGCAAAGCUGAAGCCCCGUUCGAUUUCAAGUCCAAAGAGGAGUGCAAGUAUAAAAACGAGGCGGGAGUGCAGUUUGAUUGCAGGGGCAAGAAGGACGAUCCAGCAAUGAGAGCCAUGUCGGUGAGCAACUUGAGGAAGGUAUGGAAGUUCAUAGGACUCAUCGCAGAUCCAGAGACAGGCAUGGUUGUCUGCCCCAAAGCAUAUUACGGGGAUCCGGAUUGCACUGGCCCCGGGGAACUCAAGCCGAAGCAGGCAGUGAGUAUGAAUGUUCUGAACGACGUCCUUGUGAAGCCACUCACAAAAUAUACCGAGCUGUCGCUCGUUGGCCACAUUGGCGGCGGCAAACCAGAUUAUUUCAUCUCUCACAGCUGGGGGGGCGCAUUCCUUGGCUUCUUGGCGGCGGUCGAAGGGCACUUUGCGAGCCUGACUGGCAAUCCUGAUCCUGAAACGACCUACUACUGGAUCUGUACAUUCGCAAACAAUCAGCACGAGGGCAAGAUCGCUGCCGACAUGGGGAAGGGAAUUACUGACGCGCCCUUCUACCGGGGAAUCCAGAUCGCCAAGGAAGUGAUUUCUGUACAGGACGACACGCAGGGGGCACAGUUCACCCUUCGCAGGGCCUGGUGCGUGUUCGAGAUGCUAAUCGCGUAUGAGUACGACAAGAACAUCAUCUUCAUGUGCAGCAACGGCCACGGAUUCUCAGAAGAUCGGAUCUAUGACGCAUCUGGGGAGCAUGACGUUUCGGCCGGGAUGCAGUGCGAUCAGAGUCUCAUCCCUCGUAUGUUUAAUUUUGAUCCCACGGAGGCGUUCGCCCAGGGAGACCAGCGCACGGAAAUAUUGAACUUCAUCAAGGACAAGGGGUGCAAGUACACGAAGGUCACCGAGAUGCAGGAUGACGUGGAGGAAGAUGAGCAGGCGCAGGAUGACGAGGAGGAGGAGGGCAGGGGCUCUGCGCAAAACGCAGUAGAGCCACCAGAAUCCCCAAAGACCCAGAAUGGCUUCGAAUGCUUGAAGUUCAAGAUGCAGCACUUGAUGCGGAUGAACCUUGAGUGGCGCAGACGGCCAAAUCUUCAAAAGCAGCAUUACGACGAUUGUGUGGCCUGCGUUCGUCACAAUUCUGGAAGCUCGGGAGCCGACGCUUCGAACGUCUGGUGUCAACGAGCGGGUUGCGUGCGCGGCAACAACACUGUAGCUGCACGCGCGUCAAAAAUUUGUGGGGACGAGUCGAUCCUCUGGGGGGAGCAAGCGUGCUCAGGGGAUAUGAUUGGUGCCGACAUCCAGUGAGGCUCCGUUGGGCGUGGGUGAGCGCCGCCGCUUGUAAGCAGACUUGCACUUUCAGCACAGACUUUGGCUUCAUCUGGUGGCGAAGGAGAAAAGACUCGAAGACUUCUCCCGCCUGGCUUCUGCGACCUCGAGCUAUCUUAUGGCCUGUCUUGGGGCCUCCUGAAGGCAUGCUGGAGGCCAGCCUGGGCCAGCUUGGACGACGGC